AGACUUAAGAGCCUUUUCUGGAACAGUUCUGGGGGAGGAACUGCCCCUUGGUGCCGGUGUCGUCCCGGUAAAUAAUGGCGUUCCGGCUGGGCCGUGCGGCCGCCUCUUUCCGUCACCUGAGGCGAUGGGGGCGGGAAGGGGAGAGGCGACUGCCGCACGAACGCGGUGGGGGGCGUGGCCUCGCGGCGAUUGGCCGCGCCCGCGCACUGCGUCACGCCGCGCCCCGCGCAGCGGCGCGCCGGCGCGCUGUGGGCAGCACGGGUGCGGUGGGUGGCGGGGAUCGGGGCCCGGUCGCCGCGGCCGGCCUUUCCCCGCGGCCGUAUGGCGGAACCGGGCCCCGGCGAGGGGGGACCAGGCCCCGGGGACAAGGAGGAAGCGGCGCCGGCCCCUAAGAAGCGACGGCUGGCGGCCGGCGAGCGCUACGUUCCGCCACCGCGGAAGUUGAGCGCGGGGGUGAGCUUCGGCGCCGUGCACUUCGCCGAGACCUCGUACUACUUCGAGGGAGGGUUGCGCAAGGUGCGGCCCUACUACUUCGAUUUCCGUACCUACUGCAAGGGCCGCUGGGUGGGCCGCAGCCUCCUGCACGUCUUCAGCACCGAGUUCCGCGCCCAGCCCCUCGACUACUACCGCGCGGCCGCCCGCGCCGGCCGCCUCCGCCUCAACGAGGAGCCCGUUCGCGAUCUGGAGAUCGUGCUGAAGAAUAAUGAUUUUCUCAGGAAUACGGUGCAUCGCCAUGAGCCGCCAGUCACUGCCCAGCCUAUCCAGAUCUUGGUGGAGGACGAUGAGGUGGUGGUUGUGGACAAACCCUCCUCUUUGCCGGUACAUCCCUGCGGCAGGUUUCGUCACAACACAGUCAUUUUCAUCCUGGGCAAAGAGCAUGAUCUGAAGGAGUUGCAUACCAUUCACCGACUCGAUCGCAUGACCUCGGGAGUACUUAUGUUUGCCAAGACCGCAGAGGUAUCCAAGAGAAUCGAUGAGCAGGUUCGGGAGAGACAGCUGGAAAAGGAGUAUGUCUGUCGUGUGGUGGGGGAGUUUCCAGAACAUGAAGUGGUCUGUGAAGAGCCCAUACUGGUUGUUUCUUACAAAGUGGGAGUGUGCCGCGUGGACCCCAAAGGGAAAUUCUGCAAAACCAUCUUCCAGAGACUCAGUUACAACGGUAAGACCAGCGUAGUCAAGUGUCUUCCGCGUACUGGCCGCACGCACCAGAUCCGAGUCCAUUUGCAGUAUUUGGGGCAUCCUAUUGUCAACGACCCCAUCUAUAAUAUGGAAGCCUGGGGCCCUGACAGGGGGAAGGGUGGCAAGAUCGAUAAAACGGAUGAAGAACUCCUUAAGGCACUGGUAGAGGAGCAUCGUUCCAAGCAAAGCCUGGAUAUCUUGGGUCUUUUGGAGGAGGACUUGAACUCCAGCGCUGAAAAUAAAGACUCUGGUAAUUCGGGUGACUGCACAAAGUCUGCGCAGGCUGAUCCGAUAAACGAGAACUCCUGCCCUGCCAAGGACACUAAGGAUCCCGAGAGGGAUGCUAAGGAUUGUGAGAGAAAUGACAUAGUAGCUUGUCCACUGAACUCUGAUGCCAGCCUGGAAACGCUUGAAAAAAAUAAAGAACUUGGUUCCUGUGAGAAUCAGGACGGGCAAACAGGAGAAAAGCGUUCAGAUGAGAAGGACCCUUUGUGCGUGGAGUGUAAAAUUACAAGGCGGGACCCAUCUCCCAAGGAGCUGGUGAUGUACCUGCAUGCCUUGCGCUAUAAGGGAGCAGAGUUUGAGUAUUGCUCCAAGAUGCCCGAGUGGGCAAUGGAAGACUGGGAGGAAUGACCGAGGACACCUGACACCUACGGACAUCGUUGGUCAGGAAAGCAUCUUUUAAAGACCCAAGAUUUGCUUUUUCAACGUGGUUGAGGUGAACAAACUGCCUGUGACUUGAGAUGGGGUGGGAAGGAUUGCUGGAGCUGGAGAACUGUCCUGACUGCCAAUAGGCACUGUAAAAGAUGAGGAGGAAGACGGGUCUACAACACUAGGUUUAUGUUGCCUGGUAGUGAACUAGCACUUCAGGGCAGCAGACGGCACUCGGCAUGGGCAGCUUUGCCUUUUACCUCAACAUAUUCUGGGUCUGCUGUUGAUUAUCCACACAGAUAAUUAAGUGCAUGCACUUAAAAGUCCGCAACUGAUUUUUCUUCUGGCCUUCUGCAUUCUUGUAUCUGACAAUAAGAGCUGCUGGAAUGUUGUUCAAUAUGCUGGAUGUCAUGUCAUACACAAAACUCCUUUUACUGUAUUUUAUUGUUGGACUGAUUUUAAAAAUCAAAUGUUAUCACUGAGAAUACCAAUAAGGUAAAGCCAGAGCACUGUGAAGUAGAUCCAUUUUGUGCUUACUGUUUGUCAGCAAGGUAGACUUUGCUUUGAAAUUGCUCUUUCAGUAUUUGUUCAAAUAAUUACUUAGUAACUCUAGGGACUGAUCUCUAUAUUGGGCCUAUUUUUGGAGGUACUAGUCCCCAGAUUUUGUCUUUAUCAGAUUUGUAAGGAGACUGAUUUAGUAGAUUUUUUUUUUUUCUUGCCUUUCUGUUCUGAUACCUGCCCUGUGACCUGUCUGCUGCCUUCUCUUCUGAGAGCCCAUCGAUCUCUAUCCCUUACACCUCAUUGAAAACAUCUUCAUACUUGAGCAAAAAUCCAAAGUAGAGGCCAGUCUGCCAACUUUUUUUUUUUUUUUUUUUUUUAACUAAACUGCACUAUAGACAGGUUAUUUCUGAGUGGUGUGGAAUUGUUUUUAAUAUCACUUCAGUGUGACAAUUGGCUUUAAAGAAAAAGCUGUUUUAUGAACUAGAAGACUUUUUUAAAAUAUAUUUUAUAUUAAUAUGUUUCCAAGAUGAUAAAUACCACUAUAGUUCUUCAUCAGUGUUUAUAUGGUUGCUUCUUGGCCUCUGGGAGGGUUAUUAUAAUAACUGCUGUCUCAGGUUCUUUGUCUCUCUCUUCCCGCCCCCCCCCGCCCCUUUCUGUAUGUGUUCCCAGUAGUAAUGACCAGCUCCAGUGACUGCUACAGGCAAUCAAAACCUUCACCUGGGCAGAGCCAUGUUGUUUCAGGACUGUUUGCAGACAGUGGUUUCUAGCCCCGUCGCUCCAUAUCCACCUCUCUCCACGCCCAUUCCUACAUAGGGCAAUUGCAUAGCCUUCUACACUUCUAAAAUAUUAAAGAAGCCUUUUUUUUAAAGGUGAAGAAAGGAGCUGAUACUAUUCAGCAAGUAUGGCAACAGCCUUGCUGGAGUGUGGUCUGCUCUCAGAUGAUCUCUCCUUGUCAUGCUGUGCUCUAGGGAGCUCUAGCUGUUUCUCAGCCCCCCCAAGACGUGGUUUUCAUGCAGAUCUUUUAUUACCAGUUUGCCUGUUUCACAGAGGUUACUGGAGAACUCCCUGCUUCACAGGUGUCUGCUGGGGACCUAAGGUUGGCCAGGCCUGCAGGAAUAACUACCUUCCUCCUAGAAGGCUUGUUGAUGGCCUAGAAGGCUCCUAGAAUCGCUUGUUGAUGACGUUACCAGGAUCAGGACUUGUGCACCAAAACAGAAUAAACCAGUGCUUACUUCUUCCAGUA